GGGGCUGAUUUGCACCCACAGCGCCACUUUUGAGCAUAUGCUAUCAACACAACAACAAAGGUCUGUUGGGGACGUUUUAGAGAAAACAAGAGAAGAUAAUGUGCUAAAAUAGCACACUCGUCUAUUCGUUUGUGAUGUAACCUAGUUAUUAGGGUCCAAUUGAAGAGCCGGCUAAGAUGGUCCAAGACGGUGCGCAUAUUCGUCGGCGGGGGGCCCAGGACUUUGCUUCCUACUACAGUUAUGCCUGUGCACGGCAGGACACUCUGCCUCUUCCUGCGGUCAUGACGAACCUGCUCAAAGGAAAGUUGGAUUUCAAUGGAGACAGAGUUAGGCUGACGGACUGGGCUCCCAUACUCUCGUCCAUAUCCAUCAACAAGCACCUCUACCACAUUGCAAUCAGCAGCACAUACCAAGUGGGUCUGGGUGCUGGAGACACAGAUAGGCGAUACUACAAAUCUAGCAACAGAAAGAAGAUUCCACCCAUUCGCUCGAAAGACAUGACGUUUAAGUUGUGUAAAGCCCUGCAAGAAUGUGUUACAGCCUCUCCCAACCUUAAGAGUCUUCACAUUAACGGCCUUCCACUAAGGGAGAGGGACCUUAAUAGCUUGACAAAGGGUUUGUCAAAAAGCGUUUCAUUGGAACAACUUUCCCUUGCCAACUGCCCAAUAUCAGAUGAGGGCUUGGAAGUAAUUUGCCAAAGUGUGAAGUACACCACAUGCAUCAAGACAGUGGAUUUUACCGGUUGUAAUCUCACGUGGAGAGGGGCAGAGCACAUGGCCAACAUCAUCAAGCACCAGGGGUUGUGGAGGCACAGCACAGCCUGGGCAGAGUCCCUUAGGUACCGGCGGCCAGAGUUUGGAGGGAUGGGGGGACUCCGGCGAAUCACACUCAACUGUAACUCUCUGAUAGGAGACCAGGGGGCCGCGGCCCUCGCACAUGAACUAGGGGAAGACCUUUGGGUCAAAGCCGUUGACCUCCAGAAGUGUGGGUUGUCUGACCAGGGGGCUCAAUGUCUACUGGAAGCUUUGAAAACCAACUCCACUCUUAAUGUGUUGGACAUUCGGAGUAACCCCCUUAUUGAUAAGGUCCUCAUAAAAGCAACGAUAGAAAAGGUCUUGAAGAACAGUGAUGGCCAGGCUUCAGAGUAUUACUGGAUAAAGCCCCCUGUUCCCAAAGAGUCACAGAAGGCCCCAGGUGCUAAGCGCAGAGGACCGGCAAAUGCAGCAAAAAGAAAAGCUACAUUUAGAAUAGCCACUCGUGGAGGAGCCUCCGCAGGAAGGUGGAGUCCGGUCGUAUCCCAGCAACAGCUGCACCGCUCCCGCCCCUCCUGUGUUCCAUGGAGAACCGCAGCUAGGGCUGAGCGCCAGCGGUGCCUGUCCACUGGUAUUGCUCUUGCGGAGCACGGCUUUCAGGGUGCAGCCACUGUGAAAGUGACCAUAGAUUCUUCAGAGGAAGAGGAAGAAGAAGAAGAAGAAGAAGAAGAAGAAGAAGUAGUGGUGGUUAAAGUGAAGAAGAGUCCUUCUCCUGUUGACCUUCACGACAGGGUUACCAAGCAACGGUACCAGCGUGUACAGAUGGAGCUAGAACAGUGUCGUAGGAGCUUGGCAGAGGAACGCAGAGCCAGACUGAGAGCUGAAUCCCAGCUCAGAGAGCACGAGCUGGAGGCCUCCCGCCUGCGCAGCCUCAAUCACUCCCUGUCUGAGGCGCUGGCCGAGGGGGCUAGGUCUGGACCUGCCGCCCUGGCUGCUUCCAGGGCCCUGGAGGAUGAAGCCGUGCUCCAGAGCAUCGAGAGCUCCUUCACCAAGUUCCACGCCUUCCUGGAUCUCCUGAAGGAUGCUGGUCUCGGCCAAUUGGCUUCCGUGGCUGGGAUCGACCAAUCUGACUUUGGCUUGCUGAGCAGGCCUCAGCUCUCCUCCACAAUGGGCCAGCCUCUGGAAGAGGAUCUAUCUGUGUCCAAAGGUGGCCUAAAACGUGCUGUCAGUCUUGGGGCAAAGAUUGAUGUUGCUGUACCUUUGGAAGCUUAUCCCCUGACCAUCCCCUCAGAAGAACAAGCUCCAGCCUUCCCUCCAGGGCCCCCAUCCGCUCCCAGGGAGUUUCUGUCCGGCAGUCGCCUCAGCCAGGCCAGUGGUCCUGCCAUAGACCCCAGUGUCGAUCUGGAGGGCAGAGGAGAAGAGCCGGAUCAGUUCUCCAAACCUGACACUCAACAGGACUCCGGGUCCGAGGGCAGUGUCCUGAGCCGCAAAUCCUACAGCCGCAGUUCCCGCGACCACAAAGCGUCCCGUUCGGCAAAUCACCACAGCAAUGGGAACUCUCACCAAAGUAACAGUCACUCCCAUCCUAGUAACGGUUCCCAUAGAUAUAGCCUCAACUACAGCUCUUUCCAUAGUGAUGGGUCUCUUCACAGCAGGGCCAAUGGUGACCGGUCACAAAGGUCGAGCCUCAGUGACAUCACAAGUGAGAAAUUGGAGUCUGAAGGGUCAUUUAGGGGGUCAAAGGGCAAUGGGGCGGGAAGGCGGGUGCUAGCGGGGAUUUCAGGCCGGGGACUGUUGCCGGGGCGAUCAAGUCCUCGGCUUGGGUCUGGGGACCAGAUUAAGUCUUUGGGCGUUCUCAGCGGAGGGUCAGAAGAUGGGUCAUUUUGACCUGAUAACCAGGGAGAUAUUAAAAGAUAUCUGAAGGCUUGUGUCAGCCCAUUUGGACGAUUUAUCUACUAUGCGAUUCCGAAGCUCCCUUGGGUACAAAACAAAAGGUGUUGAUCUAGAGUUUGAGAUGAAGACUUUCAUAAGGAGAGAACACAAAGACUGCAGUCCUUGAAAUGCCACCUAAAAGUUGACUUGAUCAUAUCUGUACUGCGGUGAAUAUAAAGGGUCUGUUGGUUUUUAUGAACUUGUUUUAUAUCUGCAUUAACAAAAGGGCUCUUUGUCACCGCUCUUUUAGAUCUGGAUGUUUAAUUUAGGCUUGACUUUAUUGUUAUUUUUCCCAAAGGCUCUAUAGUGCUCUAUUCAGAUUGCUUUGUAGUUUUCAUGUUCUUUCACAUUGACAUUGAGCAAGUACCUUUUUGUAUGGCACCCAUAAUGAUUUAUUCACAGGCAUUCAAUUCAAAUGGGUUUUUACAUUAGUCAUCAUAUUACCUUCUCUUGAUAGGCUUUGCUUUUUCAACAAUGUUACAGGUUAUAAUGUGGCUAAGCUCUUUUACCCUAGUCUUAAGCCAUUGAGACAUUUUAAAGGUCAUGUCUGUUGGCUGGACAUGCUGGCUCUGGGGAAUAGAAAAUGCCACCAUGCACGAUAAAACCCUGGAUAAACGGGAGAAGAAGAGAUUAAGAGAGAAAUUUAGCAGAUGAAAAAGCUUUCACAAUUAUGAUUUUACCAUUUCAAAGGUUGUUGCAAAUGUUAGCUCACAGGAAAAGAAUGAGUACCUCCUCAGUGGAAGGCCACAAGGUGCUUUCAGUAAUGGGGGGGGGGGGGGGAAUCUCAAACUUUGUUUCCUUAGCUGGUGUAACCCUGAGUACCCAGGGUUCACCCUGUUUAACCCUGGGGGUUGGAUAGGACUCUCAGGGUUACACAAACUAAGGGGAAAAAACGUGUGUGUUUGUUUUAGUUAGCGGGACAGUCCUUGGACAAGUUGUGCUGUUGGAGAAUGCACGUGAUUUCCACCCUUCCCUAGUGAGGAAUAAACUGAAACAUAGAAUUAUGGUGAAAAAAGGGUGGUGCCAGGAGAUUUUGAAAUGGUGUCAAACCAUGCUAUAAUUCUGUGUGUCCUUUUGGCCCUUUUCGUAUUUCUUCACACAAUGUCUGCAUGUCAAAUAUGCUCAAUACACAGUUUAGUUGACUUGUUAGUUCUGCAACUAGCUGUUAGGCCUAUUGAACACAAGUCUUAUCUACAAGGUGAGUAAUGUUUAUAAGGCAUCUUAUCAGUCUAAAUUACUUCCAUAGAGGGUCCAUCCCUAGUACAAUUUAAAACGUUUGAAGUACAGUAAAACGCAGAUCAUUAUGUUGUUAGAUAACUGUUAUUGUUUUGAUUUGUUCUCAAACCCUGCACACAACACAUGUGUGUCAGACAGCACACACUGCAUAUGAGUAUAAUUUUUUUAGUGAUAUAAGUUAUAGUUAAACCUUCGCUUUUGUGUAACAUUGAGUCUGGAAUAUCAUUGAAUGUUCAUUAUUUAUAAUUUUUGACUUAACAUUAAUUCCGUCUUGUCACAAACAGAACAAAUAAAUGGUUAUGAAUAGAUGUAUGGUUGUGGUUAUCUGCCUUGAAGAUAUGUUAGCGUGUCUGAGAAUUGUACCUUUGUGGCACGCAAGUCCUCAAGGUUCGAUGGACCUGUUUAGAAAAAUAACCCUGGCAUUCGUCGAAAAGUUAAAAUACGUUCAGAACAAUGCCAUAUUUUGCAAUAGUCAACAUUAAUUAUCACUUAAAUACUUUGAUUAUAAUAAUCAGCUCAGACUCUGAAUUCCUGUUCUUACUUUAUUGCUUUAUUGCUUUCUGUUAUUGGUCACUUAUUGGCGUAUUUAUAAUUAUACUAUCAAAAGAUUAGGCAUCAGGAAAUACCACUUGUAUGUUCAUUUAAAGGCAGACAGUCACAUGCAUAUCCACUGAUAAAAUAGUGCAGUAAAAGAUUUGAGUCUGAUGGAUUGACGCAAGUAUCAGUUUGCUAACCCUGAAUAUUAACAUGAUGUUUACUUGGAGAAACUCUGUGCCAGUUCUUAUCAUUAGAUGAUGAAGCAACUAAAUUCUCAGGUCAACUUUAGGUCAAUAUGAUUAUGCAACAAUGGCAGUUAGCCAUUCUAUCACUGAUCACCACCUGUUUAAUUAAACGUAUAUUUCAAAUAUAUUAUAUAGAUACCAAAUGAAUCCUAUCUAAAGGGUGGAAUAAACUGCAAUUUGUGCAUUUCAAAUGGCAUGACAAAUAUUAAAUUAAAUCCUUUCAUUUAAAUAUUGUUGAAUGUAAUUUUCACUUUUACAAGUGAAACACACAUGUAUUAUUCAUGUUUAAUGAACUUAAUUGUAUUCAUAUAACGCAAACAAUUCAAUUUAUUUAAUAUUCAUUCUGGUCUUUGGAUGUGAGCUCGUGGAUAUAAUAUGUAUCAAAGAUUAAAUCUUGUCUUUGGAUGUGAGCAUGUGGAUAUAAUAUGUAUUAAAGACUGAAUCUGGUCUAUGGAUGCGAGUGUGUGGAUUCAACAUGUAUCAAAGAUUAAAUCUUGUCUUUGGAUGUGCGUGUGGAUAUAAUACGUGCUAACGAUUCAUUCUGGUCUAUGGAUGUGAGCGUGUGGAUAUAAUAUGUAUUAAAGAUUAAUUCUGGUCUUUGGAUGUAAGUCUGGGAUAUAAUAUGUAUUAAAGAUUAAUUCUGGUCUUUCGAUGCAAGUGUGUAUAUAAUAUGUAUUAAAGAUUAAUUCUGGUCUUUGGAUGGGAGUGUGUGCAUCGGGCAGCCUUACAUUCCGAGUUACAUCUUUGCAGAACUUAAAGUUUGAAUUCCUCUCGUUCAGUGAAUUCAAGUUGAUAAACAUUCACACAAAAUCCAUUGAAUAUAAAACUUUCGAUGCACACACAGACAGCCAUUAUCUCAUAUGAAAUAUAACCAGCCCCUUAUUGCAGUAACAUAUAUAACAUGAUGAAAUAAUAUGGUAUGAUCUGUUAAUUCAUAUAAUUAUUUAUAGGAAAUUCUUUAUUAGGAAUAGCCCCUUGAUUUGAUAUUAUGUAUCUUGAUUCUCAGUUUCAAGGGAGUCCUCCAUGACAAUAAUAGCAACUAUUUGUAUGAGGAACUGACAACUGCUUGAAGGUUUUGGGCUUAUUUCAUUUGAAAAAUAGUAAUUAAGAAAACAGCAAGCCAUAUUUUGUGAUAGAUUAAAGAGUUUAAUUGCUAACAGUACUUUUAUAUAAUUCAUUACAUCUUAGAGUCAUGCAUGUAACUGACAUAUGCUAUAAAACAAUACAAUGCAAAGCAAAGAAAAUAUGUUUAUAAAUACAACUACAAUUUAAGAGUCCAAAAUCCUGAGAAAAGGGUAGUUCUAAAACACAUUUGCUGAACAUUAUCGUACAAAACUUUCCUUCACCCAUUGAGCCUCUUCAUAGUUUCUCUUCAUCUUGAUCUCAUUUAAGAGAGCUCUCUAUAUUAGCCUUGGAUAUACUGCAAAUAAAUUACAAGUAUUUUUAAAACAUAGUAUCUAUCGAGCUUUAGCUUCAGCCAAAUGUAAAGACACCUAAAAAUGCUUUUAUUCAGACCGUAAAACAAGAUCAAUGUACAUGCAAUCACAA